ACAGGUCAAAAAAAACAACUGGAUUUGCCAGUUUCAGCAAUGUCUGCUUUAUGAAAACACAAGUCACAAGGAUCAGAGGGAAGUCUGUGAUCUCCAGCCUCUUUAUUUUGUAUUGUUAUUUUCCCUGCGGAGGGAGGAAAGCGUCUGAGUGAAAACAGCCGACAGAAUCAACGCGGGGACGGGCAGCACCAGCUAACUGUGGCCGAGGACUGAAUCAUUUAAAUCAAUACCAACAUCGAUAAACCACCGGGAAAACAAAGGCAGAGUUGGAGCAGCUUCAAUGGAUCGAUACGAUAACCUCGACCUGGAUCUGGAGUGUGAAGGGGGAGGAGGCGUAGCUGAAAAAGCGGCGUUAUUCGGUGGGAUGUUUAAGAAAUCCCUCAAGUCAUCAGAACCAUCUCUCAAAGCACAGGACAGUUUAUCAGUCAGCAGUGAGCUUUCCAAGAGCGACGAGAGUCUGACUGACAGCAGCACCAAGGAGAAAGGAGGCGUAUUUAAAGGGAUGUUUAAGAAGACCAACAAAGCUGCCAAAGAGGAACAGCCACAGGUCUCCCUGUCAGUACAAAACCCUGAACUGUCCGUCAGCAGUGACAGCUUAACAGACAACAAGCCAUCAAAGGAAAAAUCAGGUGUGUUUGGUGGGAAACUGAAAAGAUCUCCUAAACCAGGACAUGUCCGCAGGCCCUCACAGGAUCUUUUGGAAGACAAGUUUGCAGCCAUUGACGACAGUCUGUCAGAAAACACCACAGCUAAGGAAAAAUCCGGUGUGUUCGGUGGGAUCCUGAAACGACAUGCCCGGAGGCCAUCUCAGGAUCUUCUGGACAAUGAGUUCACAGCCAGUACCGACAGUCUGUCUGAAAACACCACAACUAAGGAGACAGGAGGGGUGUUCAGUGGGAUGUUUAAAAAAUCACCAAAGCCUUCUGCAGCACAAUCACAGGAGGAUUUGUCUGCAUCCAGCGAGCUCUCGGGCAGCAAAGACAAUCUGUCUGUGAACAGCAACACUAAGGAGAGCGGAGGGAUGUUCAGUGGGAUGUUUAAAAAACCACCAAAGCCUUCUGGAGCAAAGACACAAUCUCAGGAGGAUUUGUCUGCACCCAGCGAGCUGUCAGGCAGCAAAGAAAACCUGUCUGUGAACAGCAACACUAAGGAGACAGGAGGGGUGUUCAGUGGGAUGUUUAAAAAAACACCAAAGCCUCCUGCAGCAAGGACAGAAUCUCAGGAGGAUUUGUCGGCCCCCAGCGAGCUCUCAGGAAGCAAAGACAAUCUGUCUGUGAACAGCAACAGUAAGGAGGCAGGAGGGAUGUUCAGUGGGAUGUUUAGAAAAUCGCCAAAGCCUUUUGGGUCGAGGACACAAUCUGAGGAGGAUUUGUCUGCCCCCAGCGAGCUCUCAGGCAGCAAAGACAAUCUGUCUGUGAACAGCAACACUAAGGAGACAGGUGGGAAGUUUGGUGGGAUGUUUAAAAAGCCACCAAAGCCCUUAGGAAAGAGGACACCAUCUCAGGAUGAUUUGUCUGAUCCCAGCGAGCUCUCGGGAAGCAACGGCAAUCUUUCAGAGAACACUAAGGAGAAAGGAGGAAUCUUCAGUGGAGUGUUCAGAAAGAAAGUUGCCAGAUCUCAGUCUAAGGAGGAUUUGACCGUGGAUAGUGAACUCUCUGCCAGCAGUGACAGUCUCAUAGAGAAGCCUUCAAAGGGUGGAGCUGCUGCAAAGCUCCUGAAGAAUCCUUUCACCUCCUCCUCAGCUCAGGAUAAGGAAAAGACUGAGCACUCGGGAGACUCAAAAGAGAAUACAUCUACUGCAGAGAAGCCUAAAGCCAAGCAGGAGAAGGAAUCCGACUCUGACAGUGAGGAGAUGUUGGACAAUGAAGAGAGCCAGCCCAGUCACAAACAGAGUAAAUUUGCUGGGGCCAUGGAGAAGCUGAAUCCUUUUAGAUCUGCAAACAAAAAUGAAAAGCAGUCGAGCUCAGAUGAGGAGGAUCCACCUGCGAGCAGCGAGAAGUCCUCAGGCCACAAACAGGCUGGAGUCAUGUCCAAACUGAAUAUAUUCCGCUCUACACAUAAAAAAAACACUGAAGAAGACACACAGGAGAAUGAGAAGCCAGGGGAAGAGAAGCCGAAACCGGUCAAAAGCAACAUGAUCCAGCGAGAGAGAAAGGAAAGAAGUGAAACUCCAACGGUCCCACCCAGACCAUCUAAGGAGGAAAUGAAGAGGACAUCCAUAUACGACGAAGGAAAUGAGGACGAUCAGGACAACAAGGACAUGAUCUCCAGAUCUGCCAGAUUGUCAGAGGAGGAACCGAAUAAAACAUCUGCGAGACAAAAGCAGAAGAGCAACCAUCAGAGCCAAUCAGACGAUGAAGGCCUCAUGGAUGGAUCUGCAGGAGCCAGAGAGGAAGAAAGCAAAGCAGCCAAGGUGAAAAAACCUAGGCGCCAUAAUCCAUUUAUGCAGCGUGCUGGAGCAAAGGCUCAGUCUGAUGAUGAAGGGCUCGAUGAAGAAGAGGAUUCUUCACCCAAAGAGGAAACGAAAGAUGAAGAGGGCAAGGAAAAAACAGAGACCAAAGUCAAGAAACCGAAGAAACACAAUCCUUUCAUGCCAAGUGGCAAGGGCAAAGGCAUUAGGAGGAACGCUCAGGACGGCGCUGUAGGCGAAGGAGAGAAUGAAAAAAGAACUUUAUUUGACCAGCUGGAAGAUUUACGUAUUGACCCGUCACAGCCUGAAGACAGACAGGAUUUCCAGGGCCUUAUGGAUUGGUGGAACACCGUGGAGUCCUGGGAGGACACGCCUCAAGAGGAUGACAUGACUGAAAAACAAGAGGCGAAGGCGUUUGCUGUGACGGCGGACAAGGUGCAGAAGGGAAUCCGCGUCUUCAACAAACUGUUCUCGGAGCGGGCUGAGACCCUCUGGCAGCACGUCAUCGACCUCAACAGCAUCGCAGACGGCCUGGACAAGUUCAACAAGAACACAAAGAUCGCCCAAAUCACCGGCGGCUCCACCAGCGCCAUCGGGGGCGUGGCCACCAUCACCGGCCUCGCUCUGGCCCCGGUCACCUUCGGGGUCUCUCUGAUUAUUACGGCUGUAGGAUUGGGUGUUGCUACGGCAGGCGGUCUGACAUCAGCAGGCGCCGGCAUCUCCAACCAGGUCAACAACUCCCAGGACCGCAAGAAGGUGGAGAAGAUCGUGAAUGAUUAUGUGGAGAAGAUGGUCGACCUCAACAAGUGCCUGAAAUUCAUCAAGCAGGGAAUCGAGAACAUGAAGCGGUUUGACCUGAUCAAGAUGAAAGAAAACACCUAUAACCGAGACUUCCCUGUGCUCAGCAAGAGUAUUUAUGAAGACGGCGCCAUGGCAGGGAAGGCCAUCCUCAUCAGCGCUAACGAGAUCAUGCGUGUGGUGCAGAUCGCCAACGUGGCGGGAAGCACCGCAGCGAGAGCGGUCCAGAUCGCUAGUAUGGCCACUGGUGUGCUCACUGGACUCUUUGUAGGCAUGGACAUCUACUUCGUGGCCAAAGACUCCAAAGAACUGAAGAAAGGGGCCAAGUCCGAGUUUGCCGCCAAAAUCAGGGAGGUGGCGACGCAGCUGCACGACGGCCUGGUGGAGCUGAACACGAUACGAGAGGAGCUGCAGUGCACCGGGCCAGCAAACGAAGAAGGCACCGACACGGCCCCAUUGGACAGUGACAAGAAAGACGACAAACAUGACAGUUCAAGUGAAGAUGAAAUCGACCGCAUCAAAAAAGCCAUUAAAAAGGACUAUGAGAACCGAGAAUAUGUUUGAAGGCCUGAAACUUUGCUCUGUCAUUAGGGGUUCAGAUGCAAGCUUCAAACAUUCUCAGUUUCCAAGUUCCCCUACAGAACAAGUACUUUGAAGGUACCGGCUUAGCGUCUAUUCUAUGAGGUGGUUGGUGCACAUUGCUUGAAACUGAAGUGUACAAUCAGGCCUUUUUCCAAUGAGGAAAUAUACUAGUUUUUAGUUUUGUGUUUUUAAGGAUGUGAAUUCUUAAAACACACCUGGGAGGAACUGAGGCUCUGCGGUAUAAAGUAUCUGCUUCUCUGGCUGUGGUGUCAAACUGCCAUGUUCUUUUUUUUAAGAAAAUGGGAUUCAAAGACCAAACUAAAUCAUGAAUUUGGAUAGUACACUUUUAGAUUUUUAAAGAAAUAGGUACAAAGUAUUUUUUAGAGACUUUAUAAGUUUGCCUUCAAAGUGAUUGUUAGAGUUCCAUUGAAGUGUGUUGAUUCUUUUAGACUUUGCUUAUACUCUUACGGGUGCCUUAAUUAUUUUUAAAUUGCCAUAGAAAUACACUAUAAUGCAAUGGAGUAAUAGUCUAUCUUUUCUAUGUCUAUGUUGUUUGUUUUGGUGUCAGGUUAACCCCUCAUCCUCUGCUUUAAGUUCUGGAUUUAAUGUGAGGUGUUUUAACGUAUUGAUGACUUUUGUCUCAUUUUAAAGAAUGGGCCAAUAAGCUUUGCAUCAGAUGUUUUUUUUCACAAGAGCUAAUAAAACAACAAAAUGAACCUCAUUAACCUAGCUGUAGCCAACCUUAAACAAAUAUGUUUUUAGGAAGUCACAUGUCAAUCAAACUUAGCUGCUAAUACUUUUCUUAAAUGCAAUUAAUAGGUUUUAUUUUUAUAUUCAAGCAGGGCAUAAAUGGAGAAUUAUGUGUUUUAGAAUUAUUCAUAUUUAUCCAGUCUAGGAUGAAUGGGAAAUAUCGGAUUAUGCUAACCUAGCUAACGCCACUUGGUCCUUUAGUACUUCGGCUCUUUUUUGUAAUGAAUGGUUUUUACUCCCUAAACGCCAUUAUUAAACGUAAUUUUUUAGAGUUGGAUCAUGUAUGUCACCCAUGUUUUAUAUUAUUGCCAAAUCUCCUGAGUCUAAACUAGUCACAAUGAAAGCAAGCUAACGUUAGCUUUUUUUCUGUUAGCUAGGCCUCACCUGUCAGUGACUGGGUGAUAGUGACUAAUCUCUUCAUGCAAAUCAGUUGCUGUGGAGCCACCUGUUUUAUUUGAUUGAAGUGUAAACCUUAACUUAGUACCCACUUGACCACUGGUGCAAAAUAAUGGGAAGAUACAGACAUAAAAUCUGAGGAGAACUUCUAUGAUGGUGUUCUUUGUUUUUUUUAACAGUCCUGCAGGUUUAACCGUUGUCUUCAGCCAUAUUUAAUGAUUUAAUGGUUUGGAAAAUUAUCUCUUACAACUGGAAUGACAGUACUCUUCUGAAAAUAACUGUUUGCCAUUUCCUUUUAUUACAGCAUUAAUCUUUUUAAAUGAUUUCAAAGUCACGCUCCAUUAUGUGGUUCAUACUGUAAGCUCUGCUGAUGUUAGUCCUGUGGUGUGUUUAAUUAACUUAAUAUUUAUUUUCUGGGUGGAGUUCAUUCGAUACUACCUGUACUGUACAUGUGCAAUAUAUUGUAGAAUCUGUGUAAUACUUUUAAAUUGACAAAUAAAGGUCAGAUAAAUAUG